UUUGUGAUAUUAGCACAGAAAUGCAUUUGCUAAAUGCUAAUUUGGGCAGUUACAUUGAGGCAUAAUGACAAGAGAAAAUGUCUUUAUCACUGGAUUAUAUUACAGAUGAAAAAUGGAUUGUUUUUGUCUUCUGGAAGUUGCCAUGGUUUGUGUUGUGAAUUUGGUACAGCCAUUUAAUGCUGUAAAUAUCUAGGAAUUGUGUUAGCCUAAAAAUAUGUAUCCAAUAUCUAUAGCUAAAUUCAAAAAAUGUUGCAGUUAUUCUUAAGUUCCAUUCCUAAAGGAGUAAUGUACACACGAACCCCUCUAUUUCAUACUCUCAUGGGAGACGGAAAGUAGUUCGAGAUAGUGGGAGUUUGAAAUAGCUGAUAGUAAAUGACUGAAGGGCAAAAUUCAAGGGAAAUGGUUUUGAAUUCAAAAUAAGCAAGUUGGAAUCAGUGGAGUCCAGCUAUAUUCUGUAUUAGUAAUGGGCUGAAAUGCAACCUGAACUUGCAAGAAUAACUUGCAAAAUUUUGUGUAUGUGGUAGGGUUUUUUAUUUACCUUUAUUCCAUGGAAACUGCAUUACUCUGUUUAACAAGUUCAACCCUGCUUGUUGAGGGAAUUUAGUUGUGGUCACAAUUCAGGCCUGAAAGAAAUGAGACUGCAAGGACACGGGAGAGGUCAUUGCAUUUUUGUUUACGAUUAACAAACACAAAAACUGGGCCACCCGCACAUUUCAGAACUGUGUAACUGUAAUGAAGGGAAAUUGAUUGAUCUGUAGGCCUGUUUGUGUUUUUUUGGGGGGGCUACUUUGGAUGGAUUUGCAUUUUCUCAAAGGUUGUUUUAAUCAAUUGAGCUUGAACCAUGAUGCAACAUCUCUUGAGUUAUUUCUCCAGUUCCUCAAAAUGUUCUUGUGUUUCUGUUCUCUUCGGAAGUGCAAUAUUUCUCCCUUUUAACCAGAUAUUGAUAUUUAAACUUUGUGCAGUUACAGUGUGAGAAUCUGCCAGGAUAAAAUGGGAAACAACUCUUGGUAUCAGUGCCACAUUUUUCUGUGAUUACAAAAUUUGACCAAAGGAUUGGCUUAUGUUUUAGCUGUACAAGACCACAAGAAGUUGAAUUGAUACAUGCUUUCCAUGCAUGGUGGCCUAUCAGUUCGAAUUGGAUUCUGGGUUAAAGUCAAGCACACUCAUCCUUGUAGUUUGCUCUUGGGGUUCACAGUUCCAUUUAUCACUCACUGCAUGUAAAAUAAAUGAAGUGUGUCUGUGAACUUCAGUGUCAUCGUAGAUCAGGAAGGGGCCCAGACUGCUCCCAUUAAAAAAUUAGCCCCUACCCACUUUUCAACAAAACUGAUCUGCCACAGAAUGAGAGAAUGUCCUGGGAUACUUGUAACCAGUAGCCUGCGAAUGUAGACGUAUUUUCGGCUGUCACUUGCCUCUGGCAAAAAUAAUUUGUUACCUGGAUACAUUGCAUCCAGCUACAAAUACUGGUGUUAAAGGCCCAGUAUUGGCCAUUAUGCUUCGCGCGCCUCUGUUGUUGUUUUGGAUUUCACAGGAGGGAGGCGUCUAUUGUUUUCAAGUUCUAUUCUGGCGACAAACAAAAGAAUCCCCAGAAAUUAAUUUCGACAUCACAACAAUGGCUGCCAAGAGAUCACAGCGUGCAGUGCUUAAUGGGAAAUACUGUGUCUUUAAAUACAAGGUGCUAGUACAAAUGGAGCUCAAUUCAAUGCAAAGUCAAAAUUGAUCAUGGACUUAGGAAUCUUGUACUGACAUUCCAAAAUGUCAGGAAAGGAUCGCUUUUGAUAAUAAUAUUAUCUGUGAUUUUGGCACUUGAAAUGUGAGUGCUCAGCUUAAUGCUGAAGAGAAGGGUGAUACAGUGCCAGGCUGCCCUGUUGAGGCCCCUAUAAGGGUUUUCAAAAAUCUGGAUGGUUAAAGCAGAUAUGCAGGGAUAUAGAGUAGGAAGAUUAUUAAUUUGCAAAAGGUUAAGUUUUAAGCGAUAUGGGAUAUGUUUAGGUCAAAAAAUUAAUGGGAUAUGGGACACUCAGACCCCAUCCCCCCAACCCCAGGAAGAUAGGUGGAGAUCACCUCUGAAAACCUUUGGUUGGAGUGUGACCCAUUUCUUUUAUCUGUAGUCUUACAUCCUUAGAGAGUAUCCCCUUCCCCCUGUCCAUACUUCUUAACACCUGACAUAAUAUCAGGGUUUGAGAUGGGUGGGUGGGUGAGGCUGUAAAUAUACAGGCACCAUUGCUAUCAGGAUGCAUCAGUUACUGACCGAGUGGAAAAUGUUUUGGUCACCUGCAACCAUAAAGUCAGUAACUGAGCAGUAACACUGUGUUGGACAGGUUCUAACCCCAUGGUCUAUUUGCCUCCGCUCUGAGCCCGUCAAGUGUUGUUCAGCGGUUAAAGGGCAACAUUUCAAUAUGGUGGACGGUGGGUCUUCGAAGUUGUUGGUAAAACACUUGCCUUCGCAGCUUAGUGUAAGCGAUAAAACCGACUUAUUAAAACACUUUGGAGCUAAAGAAGUAAUAUGUAUGGAAAGACGAGGAAAAUUGAAAGAUGCUGCUUUUGUUGAGUUUUCCACCCAGGCAGAAGCAGUGAGGGCACUCUCUCAGUUACACCAGUCUGAGGUCCUUGGCAGCAUAUUGACAGCAGAGUAUGCCAAACCCUUUCAUGAACGUCUUGCAGCUCAGCAGUGUAGCAGAGUGGAGCCUAAGACAGAGUUGGAUGAAAAAACCAAGAAUGAGAAGGACACACAAAAACAAGAAACACAACAAGGAAGCAAAGAGAAAGUCAAAUCCAACAUCCAAGGAAUUGCCCCAGGACUAGGAAUCAAGUACAGUAGCAAUCCAAGUCUUCACUAUGUGUAUCCUCCAGUGAACUCAGCAAUCCUCACCAACAUUGCUCACACAUUAGCUUGUGUUCCAAGAUUUUAUAUCCAGGUUUUGCAUCUGAUGAAUAAAAUGAAUCUCCCAGCUCCAUUUGGCCAGGUGACCCCUACCCCACCUGUGUUAGGUGAAGUACCUGAGGGACCACAGACAACAGUCGCUUCAUCAGAUGGUGAGAUACCUAUGUCCAGUGAUGAGUCAGAAAUAGAAAGUGAUGAGGAGGAAAGAGAAAAAAGAGCUAAGGAAAGGGCUGAGCAUGCCCAGAGAAUGUCUGUUGCUAAACCAGGCACAGGUGCGAAUAAACGUCACAAGGUGAAGCUUCAUCCAGCUCAACCACCGACCAAGAAGGUCAGAUCAGCGCCAUUAUCCAAACACACUCCUGAGAGUGUAGAGAAAGCAUUUGAACAGCCUGCUGGUCAGCCCAAGAAGAUUGAGUUCAAGCUUACAGAGGCAAUCUCAAACAUAUUCGAGUCUGCAGCUUACAAUGAGAUGAGAGCUUCCAUUGCACAAGAGGUGGAAGGUUUUGGUAGAUUUGCACCUCCUGAAGAUCUUGAUGAUGACAAACAUGACGAAAAAGAAGAUGAAUCUGAUUCUGAAGAAAGCAACGAUUUUAUCUCGUCAGCGGAGUUACGAAGAAACAGAAUUAGUACCAAAGAAAUGCCUGAGUUAUCUGUUUUCAAGAAUUACAAACCAGGAGAUCCUACCUGUAGACUCUACAUUAAAAACCUGGCAAAAACUGUCGAUGAAAAGGAUCUUAAGUUCAUAUUUGGUCGGUACAUUAACCACAAUGUAGAGGAAGAAAAAGACAGGUGUUGUAUGAGGUUGAAUGCAGUGGAACCCUCCUUACGGCCACCUCGUUACUGAGGCCACCUCGUUAUUGCUGCCACCUCCUUAUUGCGGCCACUUUGUUCUGGUCCGAACAAAAGCUUAGUCAGUCAUUUUCUUAU